AUGAAGUCUUUAGAGGAUUUUUGGAAUAAAAUAGAAUAACGUUUUAAUGAAGAUCAUAAAUAGAUCGAAAUAUCAACCAUUAUUUAUGAAAAUGGAAUCUAUAAAGGAGAAUAAAAAUAAGGCAAAAGAAUUGGAAAGGGAAUAUGUUAUACCAACACAGGGUAAAUAUUAUAAAGAACUAAUUAGAGAAAUUUAUUGUGGAGAAUGGAAUAUUUUAUUUGAGGGUUAGGGAUCAUUAAAAUAUAAUAAUAAAGAGAUUUAUAUUGGGUAAUUUGAAUAGGGCUUGAGACAUGGUAGUGGAGAAUACUUUUAUGAAAAUGGGGAUAGAUAUGAAGGGUCAUGGAAGAAAGAUCAGAAGAAUGGUAAAGGAAAGCUGUGGUAUCAAAAUGGAGAUAUUUUUGAUGGUGAAUGGAAGUUUGAUGUUAAAGAUGGUUAGGGAAUCUUAAAAGCUUAAAAAACUCAAAAUAAUGAUUAUGAGUUCAUUUACUAAGGUCAAUGGAAUGACGACUAGAGAAGUAAAUAGGGUAUUUACACACUUAAAAAUGGGGAUAUUUAUGAAGGAGGAAUAGAAAAUAGUAAAAAAAAAGGAGUUGGAACUUAUAAAUAUUAAAAUGGAGAUAUUUAUACGGGUGAUUUUUUGGAUGAUUAAAAGCAUGGUUAGGGAAUUUUAUAGCAAUCAUAAUUUACGUAUGAAGGAGAAUGGGUCUAUGGAUAGAUUUCUAAGGGAAAAUGUCAUUAUAGCAAUGGAGAAUCAUAUGAAGGACAAUUUGUUAAUGGAUUAAGAUAAGGAUAAGGAAAAUACAUAUGGUAAGAUGGAUCAUCUUAUGAUGGAGAAUGGAAAUAAAAUAAAAUGAAUGGAGUAGGAACAUUUUAUGAUGUUGAUGGAAAAGUAAUACAUGGAAGAUUUGUAGACGAUAAAUUAAUCCAAAGAAAUGAUUAGUAUUGA